AUGAGCACUGACGCAGAGAUGGCCAUUUUUGGAGAAGCAGCUCCCUACCUCCGGAAGCCAGAGAAGGAGAGAAUUGAAGCUCAGAAUCGUCCAUUUGAUUCUAAGAAAGCUUGCUUUGCAGUGGAUGAUAAGGAGAUGUACGUGAAAGGCAUGAUCCAGAGCAGGGAGAAUGGCAAAGUCACAGUCAAGACCCUGGAUGAUCGGGUGCUCACUCUCAACAGUGACCAGGUAUUCCCCAUGAACCCUCCCAAGUUUGACAAGAUUGAAGACAUGGCCAUGAUGACUCACCUGCAUGAGCCUGCUGUGCUGUAUAACCUCAAAGAGCGCUAUGCAGCCUGGAUGAUCUACACCUACUCUGGCCUCUUCUGUGUCACCGUCAACCCCUACAAGUGGCUGCCAGUGUACAAUCCUGAGGUGGUGGCUGCCUACAGAGGCAAAAAGCGCCAGGAGGCCCCACCCCACAUCUUCUCCAUCUCUGACAAUGCCUAUCAGUUCAUGCUGACUGAUCGAGACAACCAGUCCAUCCUCAUAACUGGAGAAUCUGGUGCUGGGAAGACUGUGAACACCAAGCGUGUCAUCCAGUACUUUGCCACAAUUGCAGUCACUGGGGACAAGAAGAAAGAGCAGCAAUCUGGCAAAAUGCAGGGAACCUUGGAAGACCAGAUAAUUCAGGCCAACCCCUUACUGGAGGCCUUUGGAAAUGCCAAGACUGUGAGGAAUGACAACUCUUCCAGAUUUGGGAAGUUUAUCCGGAUUCACUUUGGAGCCACAGGAAAGCUGGCAUCGGCAGAUAUUGAAACCUAUCUGCUGGAAAAAUCCAGAGUGACAUUUCAGCUAUCCAGUGAGAGAAGCUAUCACAUUUUUUACCAAAUCAUGUCAAACAAGAAGCCAGAACUAAUUGAUCUGCUUCUGAUUUCAACCAAUCCCUUUGACUUUCCCUUCGUGAGCCAAGGAGAGGUCACCGUGGCCAGCAUUGAUGAUAGCGAGGAACUGUUGGCAACAGAUAACGCCAUUGACAUCUUGGGCUUCAGUUCAGAAGAGAAAGUUGGGAUCUACAAGCUGACAGGAGCCGUGAUGCACUAUGGGAACAUGAAGUUCAAGCAGAAGCAGCGAGAAGAGCAAGCUGAGCCAGAUGGCACUGAAGUGGCAGACAAGGCGGGAUUCCUGAUGGGACUGAAUUCUGCAGAUAUGCUGAAAGGCCUGUGUUGCCCAAGGGUGAAGGUUGGAAAUGAAUAUGUCACGAAAGGGCAAAAUGUCCAGCAGGUGACCAACUCAGUGGGGGCCCUGGCCAAGGCUGUCUAUGAGAAGAUGUUCCUGUGGAUGGUCACCCGCAUCAACCAGCAGCUGGACACCAAGCAGCCCAGGCAGUAUUUCAUUGGGGUCUUGGAUAUUGCUGGCUUUGAGAUCUUUGAUUUCAACAGCUUGGAGCAACUGUGCAUCAACUUCACCAACGAGAAACUGCAACAAUUUUUCAACCACCACAUGUUCGUGCUGGAACAGGAGGAAUACAAGAAGGAAGGCAUCGACUGGGAGUUCAUCGACUUUGGGAUGGAUCUGGCAGCCUGCAUUGAGCUCAUCGAGAAGCCAAUGGGCAUCUUCUCCAUCCUGGAAGAGGAAUGCAUGUUCCCCAAGGCAACAGACACCUCUUUCAAGAACAAGCUAUACGACCAGCACUUGGGCAAGUCCAACAAUUUUCAGAAGCCCAAGCCUACCAAAGGCAAGGCCGAGGCCCACUUCUCACUGGUACACUAUGCAGGCACUGUGGACUACAACAUUGCUGGCUGGCUGGAUAAGAACAAGGACCCUCUGAAUGAGACGGUGGUGGGGCUCUACCAGAAGUCUUCUCUGAAGCUGCUCUCCUUCCUCUUCUCCAACUAUACUGGUGCAGAAGCAGGUGACUCUGGAGGAAGCAAGAAGGGUGGGAAGAAGAAGGGCUCCUCUUUCCAGACUGUAUCUGCUGUGUUCAGGGAAAAUUUAAACAAAUUGAUGACCAACCUAAGGAGCACUCAUCCUCAUUUUGUACGAUGCCUGAUUCCCAAUGAGACCAAAACUCCUGGUGUAAUGGACCACUACUUGGUCAUGCACCAGCUGCGCUGUAACGGGGUCCUAGAGGGCAUCCGGAUCUGCAGGAAAGGAUUCCCCAGCCGGAUCCUCUAUGCAGACUUCAAGCAACGGUAUAGGAUUCUCAAUGCCAGUGCCAUCCCAGAAGGGCAGUUCAUCGACAGCAAGAACGCUUCUGAGAAGCUGCUGAACUCCAUCGACGUGGACCGAGAGCAGUUCCGUUUCGGCCACACCAAGGUGUUUUUCAAAGCUGGGCUCUUGGGACUUUUGGAGGAGAUGCGAGAUGAGAAGCUGGUGACCCUGAUGACACGCACACAGGCCUUGUGCAGGGGGUACCUGAUGCGGGUAGAGUUCAAGAAGAUGAUGGAACGGAGAGACUCCAUCUUCUGCAUCCAGUACAACAUCCGUUCUUUCAUGAAUGUCAAGCACUGGCCCUGGAUGAACCUGUUCUUCAAGAUCAAACCCCUACUGAAGAGUGCAGAGGCUGAGAAGGAGAUGGCUACCAUGAAGGAAGAUUUUGAAAAGGCAAAGGAAGAUCUGGCCAGAUCUGAGGCUCGCCGGAAGGAGCUGGAAGAGAAAAUGGUCUCUCUGCUACAGGAAAAGAAUGAUCUCCAGUUGCAGGUCCAGUCUGAAACAGAAAAUCUGAUGGACGCUGAGGAGCGAUGUGAGGGGCUCAUCAAAAGCAAGAUCCAGCUGGAAGCAAAAGUCAAGGAGCUGAAUGAAAGGCUGGAAGAGGAGGAAGAGAUCAACUCUGAGCUGAUGGGCAAGAAGAGGAGUCUGGAAGACAAGUGCUCCUCUCUCAAAAGAGAUAUCGAUGACCUGGAGUUGACCCUGACCAAAGUUGAGAAGGAGAAGCAUGCCACAGAAAACAAGGUAAAGAAUCUUUCGGAAGAAAUGACUGCCCUCGAGGAAAACAUUUCCAAACUGACCAAGGAAAAGAAAUCUCUGCAGGAAGCCCAUCAGCAGACCCUGGAUGACCUGCAGGUUGAAGAAGACAAAGUCAACAGUUUAAUCAAAAUAAAUGUCAAGCUUGAACAGCAAACAGAUGAUCUGGAGGGCAGCUUAGAGCAGGAGAAAAAACUGCGGGCCGAUCUGGAAAGAGUGAAGAGGAAGCUGGAAGGAGACUUGAAAAUCUCCCAGGAAUCCAUCAUGGACCUAGAAAAUGACAAGCAGCAAGUGGAAGAGAAAUUAAAGAAGAAGGAGUUUGAAAUCAGUCAAUUGCAAACCAAAAUUGAUGAUGAACAAGUUCACAGUUUGCAGUUGCAGAAAAAGAUUAAAGAAUUACAGGCUCGCACAGAAGAGUUGGAGGAAGAAAUAGAAGCAGAACACACGUUCAGAGCCAAGACUGAGAAGCAGCGCUCUGACCUCUCCAGGGAACUGGAGGAGAUCAGCGAGAGGCUGGAAGAAGCCAGUGGAGCCACUUCUGCCCAGAUCGAAAUGAACAAGAAGCGGGAGGCUGAGUUCCAGAAAAUUCGCAGGGACCUGGAGGAAGCCACCCUGCAGCAUGAAGCCACAGCUGCUGCUCUUCGGAAGAAGCACGCAGACAGUAUGGCAGAGCUGGGGGAACAGAUUGACAACCUGCAGAGGGUCAAGCAGAAACUGGAGAAGGAGAAGAGUGAGUUGAAGAUGGAGAUCGAUGACAUGGCCAGCAACAUUGAGACACUCUCCAAGUCCAAGAGUAAUAUAGAAAGAAUGUGCCGGUCUGUAGAAGAUCAAUUUAAUGAAAUCAAGGCCAAGGAUGACCAACAGACCCAGAUAAUCCAUGAUCUGAACAUGCAAAAGGCAAGACUACAAACCCAAAAUGGGGAACUGAGCCACCAAGUAGAAGAGAAGGAGUCUCUGAUUUCACAGCUAACCAAAGGCAAGCAGGCCCUUACCCAACAGCUGGAGGAGCUUAAGAGGCAACUGGAGGAAGAAACCAAGGCCAAGAACGCCCUGUGCCAUGCCCUGCAAUCCUCCCGCCAUGACUGUGACCUGCUUCGGGAGCAGUAUGAGGAGGAGCAAGAAGGCAAAGCCGAGCUGCAGAGGGCGCUGUCCAAGGCCAACAAUGAGGUUGCCCAGUGGAGAACCAAAUACGAGACAGAUGCCAUCCAGCGCACUGACGAGCUGGAAGAGGCCAAGAAGAAACUGGCCCAGAGGCUCCAGGAGGCAGAAGAAAACACGGAGACUGCCAACUCCAAGUGUGCUUCCUUGGAGAAAACGAAGCAGAGGCUUCAGAGCGAAGUGGAUGACCUGAUGCUGGACUUGGAGCGGGCCCACACAGCCUGUGCCACCCUGGACAAGAAGCAGAGAAACUUUGACAAGGUCCUUGCAGAGUGGAAGCAAAAGCUGGAUGAGAGUCAAGCUGAGCUGGAAGCUGCUCAGAAAGAAUCCAGGUCUCUCAGUACUGAGAUCUUCAAGAUGAGGAACGCCUAUGAAGAGGUGGUAGAUCAGGUGGAGACGCUGAGGCGGGAGAACAAAAAUCUACAAGAAGAGAUUUCCGACUUAACAGAGCACAUUGCCGAAACUGUCAAGAACCUUCAAGAAGUAGAGAAGACCAAGAAGCAAGUGGAGCAAGAAAAGUCCGAUCUCCAGGCUGCCUUAGAAGAAGUGGAGGGAAGUGGUUCCUUGGAACAUGAAGAGAGCAAGAUCCUGCGUGUCCAGCUAGAGCUAAGCCAGGUGAAGUCUGAGCUGGACCGCAAGGUCACUGAGAAGGAUGAAGAAAUAGAGCAACUGAAAAGAAACAGCCAACGAGCCAUGGAGGCCUUGCAGAGCGUACUGGAUGCUGAGAUCCGCAGCCGAAAUGAUGCCCUGCGACUGAAGAAGAAGAUGGAGGGCGACCUCAACGAGAUGGAGAUCCAUCUGGGCCAUUCCAACCGCCAGGUGGCUGAGACCCAGAAACACCUGCGUACCAUCCAAGGCCAGCUCAAGGAUUCCCAGCUGCACCUGGAUGAUGCCCUAAGGAGCAAUGAGGACCUCAAGGAGCAGCUGGCCAUCAUGGAGCGCAGGAACGGCCUCCUCCAAGAAGAGCUGGAGGAGAUGAAGGCAGCCCAGGAGCAGACAGAGCGAACCCGCAGGCUGUCAGAGCAGGAGCUACUGGAUGCCAGUGACCGAGUACAGCUGCUACACUCCCAGAACACAAGCCUGAUAAACACCAAGAAGAAGCUGGAGGCUGACUUGGCUCAGUGUCAGGAAGAGGUGGAGAACUCCAUCCAGGAGUCCAGGAACGUGGAGGAGAAGGCCAAGAAGGCCAUCACGGAUGCGGCCAUGAUGGCUGAGGAGCUGAAGAAAGAGCAGGACACCAGCGCCCAUCUGGAGCGGAUGAAGAAGAACCUGGAGCAGACGGUGAAGGACCUGCAGCACCGCUUGGAUGAGGCUGAGCAGCUGGCACUGAAGGGUGGCAAGAAGCAGAUCCAGAAACUGGAGGCCAGGGUACGAGAGUUAGAGACUGAGCUCGAUGCUGAGCAGAAGAAGGGAGCUGAAGCUCUGAAGGGGGCCCACAAAUUUGAACGCAAAGUCAAGGAAAUGACUUACCAGGCUGAGGAGGACCGCAAGAAUAUCCUCCGGCUCCAGGACCUGGUAGACAAGUUGCAGGCCAAAGUGAAGUCUUAUAAGAGGCAGGCAGAGGAAGCGGAAGAACAAGCCAACACGCAGCUGUCGAGGUGCCGGAGGGUCCAGCAUGAGCUGGAGGAGGCUGAGGAGAGGGCAGACAUUGCUGAGUCUCAAGUUAACAAGCUGAGGGCCAAGAGCCGUGAUGUGGGGGGCCAGAAGAUUGAAGAAUGAGGCUUUCCUGAG